GCGGCGGCGCUUGAGGAGGGGGCGCCUGAGGCGAGGCCGAGGCGAUGGCGGCGGGGGGCGGCGGCGGCGGCUGGGCCGCGGUGGUGCUGACCUGCCGGCGGGGCGGCUCCGUGGCGGCCCUGCGGCGAGAGCUGGAGCUGAGGCGGCGCCGGGGGGCGCUGGGCCCGGAGCCCCCCGUGGUGGUGGUGCUGGAGGACCCCUGGGCCCGCCUGGGCAGCGGCGGGGCCACCCUCAACGCCCUGCUGGCGGCCGCCGAGAGGCUGAGCGCCAGGGCGGGGGGCACGGUGAGGGGGGAGGGGGGCUUAAG